UCCUUUUUUUUUUUUUUUGGAGAGAGGGCACAAGUGAGCAAGGGGCAGAGAGAGAGAGAGAGAGAAAGAAUGAGAAUAGCAGCCUCACCUGGAGCUUGUGUUUUACCCAAAGUGAGGCUUGAGCUCACCCAAAGCGGGGCUCAAGCUCACCCGAUGUGGGACUCAAACUCAUGAGCUGUGAGGUCAUGACCUGCGCCAAAGUCAGAUGUUUAAUGACUGAGCCACCCAGGAACCCCAAUUUGAUGACAUAUAUGUGUGGGUAAAUCUUCAAAACCAAGUAUAUUGAUUAUUUCUUUGUAAUCUUGAUUUUUUAGUACAUCAUAGUAUGUUAACAUUUCAUUUGAUGUUUCCAAUUUGUGAAAUUGUGAAACUUGUUCAUAAGUAUUCUUACUCUCCUCUUGGGUAUAUGGUAGGUAUUCCUGCCAAAUUAAAGGUGGGCAUGGCCAUGUGACUUGAUUUAGCCAUGAAGUGUGAGUAGAACAAGUGUGUGAUACUCCUAGAUGAAACUUUAAAUAUUGAGUAUGUACUUGCAGGGCCUGGGUGGUUCAGUCAGUUGAGCAUCCACUCUUGGUUUUGGCUCAGGUCAUGACCUCAUGGUUUUGAGUUUGAGCCCAGCAUUGGGCUUUGCGCUCUCCGUGCAGGCCUCCUUAGGAUUCUCUCUCUCUGCCUGCCCCCUGCUUACACUGUUUCUGUCUCUCUUGAAAUACAUAAAUAAACUUAAAAAAAAAAUAGUAUAUUCUUUGCCACACUGUCUCCUUCCUAUGGUAGCUGCUACUUUAGCCUAGGUCCUUUAAGUCACCUCUCAAUGAGCAUUUAACAUAAAGGAAUAAAAUCUUAGUUAUUUUGAGACAUCAAGAUUUGUUGGUGUCUGUUAUUGUAGCAUAACUUGGUUAAACUUCAAUGAUUGGUCUUAAUAUGAUUUUUUGUAGGAACAUUUAUUGAUCAAACAUACGUCAGAUAAAAACUGUUCUCCCAGAGUAUAUAUAUCUUUUGAAUUUCAGCUUAAGUGAUUGUAAUAAUCAGUAAAGUUAUGAAGAGUAUCUGUUGGAAUGAUCAAUUAUGUGUCUUAAUUUUAUUCGUGGGCACAAUAGUGUAGUGACAGGUAUUAGACAAUGUUGGUAGGUUCGGAAAAGAAGGGAAGCUCAGAAUGGAAUGGUACCUAUUCCAGAAGUGACCAGAUUUCAUACCUGAUAACAUUAAAUAUAGGCCAUUUGUUUCAGAAAAGAAAGAAAGAAAAGAAGAGAAAAGAAAAGAAAAGAAAGAAAAGAAAUCCUUUCUGAGCAUAGUCCAUUUUGGAAGCUCAUCUAUUAAGAAUUUUCAAGUCACAUUCAGUUGAUAGGAUGAAAAAAUUCAAGAGAAGGCUAUCCCUCACUCUUCGAGGAAGCCAAACUAUUGAUGAAUCAUUGUCUGAAUUGGCGGAACAAAUGACUAUUGAAGAAAAUAGCAGCAAGGAUAAUGAGCCUAUUGUGAAGAAUGGCAGGCCUCCAACCUCUCACAGUAUGCAUUCCUUCCUCCACCAGUACACAGGAUCCUUCAAGAAGCCCCCGUUGCGGAGACCACAUAGUGUUAUUGGAGGAAGCCUUGGAUCCUUCAUGGCAAUGCCCAGAAAUGGAAGCCGACUAGAUAUUGUUCAUGAAAAUCUAAAAAUGGGAUCAGAUGGUGAGAGUGACCAAGCUUCUGGGACAUCAUCUGAUGAAGUACAGUCACCUACGGGUGUUUGUCUUAGAAAUCGUAUACAUAGACGGAUCUCAAUGGAGGAUUUAAAUAAACGGUUAUCAUUGCCUGCAGAUAUCAGAAUACCUGAUGGGUAUCUUGAAAAGUUGCAGAUAAACAGUCCACCAUUUGAUCAACCAAUGAGCCGAAGGUCUCGUAGAGCUUCUUUAUCAGAAAUUGGGUUUGGAAAAAUGGAAACCUAUAUCAAAUUGGAAAAACUUGGAGAGGGUACAUAUGCAACAGUAUAUAAAGGAAGAAGUAAAUUGACAGAGAAUUUGGUGGCGUUAAAAGAGAUCCGGUUGGAACAUGAAGAAGGUGCACCCUGCACAGCUAUAAGAGAAGUUUCACUGUUAAAGGAUCUAAAACAUGCAAAUAUAGUAACCUUACAUGACAUUGUUCACACAGAUAAAUCUUUGACUCUGGUAUUUGAAUAUCUGGAUAAAGAUCUAAAACAGUACAUGGAUGACUGUGGAAACAUCAUGAGUAUGCACAAUGUAAAGCUGUUUUUGUACCAAAUUCUACGUGGUUUGGCAUAUUGCCACAGAAGAAAGGUAUUGCACCGAGACUUGAAACCACAGAACCUACUCAUUAAUGAAAAAGGAGAAUUAAAGCUAGCAGAUUUUGGGCUAGCCAGAGCCAAGUCAGUUCCCACAAAGACCUACUCAAAUGAAGUCGUCACACUGUGGUACCGGCCGCCUGAUGUGCUUCUUGGUUCCUCAGAGUACUCAACACAGAUUGACAUGUGGGGUGUUGGUUGCAUUUUCUUUGAAAUGGCUUCUGGAAGACCUCUAUUUCCAGGAUCAACUGUGGAAGAUGAACUGCACUUAAUUUUCCGACUGCUAGGAACACCAUCUCAGGAAACUUGGCCGGGUGUUUCUUCAAAUGAUGAGUUCAAGAACUACAACUUUCCAAAAUACAAACCACAGCCUCUCAUUAACCAUGCACCCAGGUUAGACUCUGAAGGAAUCGAGUUGAUAACAAAAUUUCUUCAGUACGAAUCUAAGAAACGGGUUUCAGCAGAAGAGGCCAUGAAGCAUGUGUACUUUCGAAGUCUGGGACCAAGAAUACAUACUUUACCUGAAAGUGUAUCAAUAUUCAGUUUGAAAGAGAUUCAGUUGCAAAAGGACCCGGGUUUUCGAAAUUCUUCUUAUCCAGAGACAGCUCAGUAAUUCUUCAGAGAGAAAUCUGACUCAGUCAAGUCAGGGAUCCUGAAAGCUGCAGAUGGCACAAAGACCUUUUACAAGUGGCCUGGCUUGAUCACUGCACACGCCAUUCCUGGUACCUGAGGCAGAAGACACAUCUUAUGCUUCCCUAGUCAUCAGGUUCAUCACUUCGAAGCAUAGAAGCUGUAGACUGACCCCAUCAACAAAAGGGUCAUUUCAGACAGUGCUGAUCACUCUUACGUGGAAGAUUAGUUUUUGCUGGUGGGAACAUUAGCUUCCUAGAGUCACCAAAUACUGUAUGUGGGAUAAAACUGAACCUUGAACUGCCUCAUAAAAUGACUUUAUAUUUUAGGACAUGGGAAGAACAGAAGACAGAGCAUGCUCUUUUAAGUCUGAUAACAUGGUUUCAAGCCCAGCCCCCAGCCUUUCUUAUCAAUCAAGGACUCAGAUCUGAAGGCAAUUAUUUCUUUUGGUGGACUUGGAAUCUCCGUUUGUCUACACUGUCCUCUUCACAGUGGAGUCUUUUUAUUUCAGACCUACAGAUUGUUUUUAUAUUUGUUGUCACAGUGUGACAAUUUUUUUGUACAGUUGGUUUUAAGGUCUUCUCUGCCAUUAGAGCCAGUAGGUUACAGCUAUUGAUGUAACUGUAGCUGCAAUUUUUGUGCAGGACUGAGAAACACAGUGCAUUAUUUAUUGCGGAAUCAUUGCUGCUAAAUAACUACUGUCUGUUUAUUUAACACAACAGUUAAAUGCCUGAAGAAGUUGCAGUGGCUUUAUUAGAUGUGAAUGCAUCUGUUUCUCCCCAUGAAUUGUUUUACUGCUGCAUUUCUUGUUUGUUUUUAAAAUUAAACUGCAGUGUUUCCUGGAAUGUAAGUUUAGCUUUGCUUAACAGUAAAAUAAGUGAGCCAUCUUGAACACUCUAAGUUCAUGCUGUAUAAUCUUUCAUUGAACAUCAGCAAAUAGAGUAGCUAAAAAAUUGAUGAGUACAUCAUGUUUAGGAAAGCAUGUGAUGCAGAGGUUGAUUCAAGCAAGUGAAUACCUGACAUGGGGAUCUCACAUUAGAUACCAGUAAUUUAAAGCACCAAAAUUAUUUAUUUUUACCUUGCCUCAUUUUAGAAAUAUUUACUGCAUAUUAUUGGAUAUGUGUAUACUAAUACACUUACCUAUUUUACAUUGUGCUUUAAUUUAGUUAAAACUAAACCAUACAAGUCCAGUGAAAUAUGUGAGGUCUUGUUUUCAUUUUAAAUAUAGUUCUUUUAUUAGAAAGGAUGAUACUUUUGGGGGGAGCCAUUUAUUUCAUUUGGGGGCUGUCUAUAUGCGUGUGUUUCAAUACCAUUCACUUGGAAUCAGCUAAAAGCUGUAAUAUGUCUUUGAAAUGAGCCAUGAUAAAUACAAAUGACAGAAAGGAGAACUGAGGAUUGUUUUAAAGCAUUGUAGGUAUUAAUGUGUUUAUCAGAGAUAGUAAAUAUUACAGUUUCAAUUAUGCAUCUCUUUGAACAUCAUAAACACGCCUUGGUGUUGGUAAGUGUUUUAAGCAUUUGUGUUAACUUUUAAGGACUAUUUGUUUAGUGCAUCUUACAAACUACAAAUCUUAAUUGGUAUAUUUUGAAAUGGUCAUGUAAAUUUUUGGCUUAUAUAUCAUGAAAAUAAUCAUAACUUAAAUUUUUUCCUGAUAUUCACUGUAAAACAUUCAGGGGUCCUACCAUUUCUGUUCAGGAAAUCUUGUAGUUUAUUGUUAUUUAACAGUAUUAAGUGAAUUUUUGUAUAUUUCAUUUUAACUUUAUUUGUGAAUAGUGAUUGUGGCAUGUUUGGGUGUUAUUUUAAUAUUUCAUGAGACAGAAAUUUUAAUUUUUAAAAAAAAUUUUCUGGAAGAAACAGAUUCAUGUGUAAUGGUGAAUAUUGGACCACUACUGCUUUUCACAUUUGUAAAUUGGUUUUAUGUUAAACCCUGUAGCCUAACAAACUGCUGUUAUUUCUAACUGACAGACAUGUAUUAAUAUUGUACUUUGAAGGUUAUAAAUAUUAUGUGGAAAUUC